AUGUCUGUGUCGGGGAAGAAGGACUUUGACGUGAAGCAGAUCCUCAGGCUCCGCUGGCGCUGGUUCAGCCAUUCAUCCCAAGGUUCGGCUGGCAGCGGAGGCGGCGGCGUUGGAGGGGUGGGAGGCUACAUCCAACAGGAUGGCCUGGACCACAGAGUGACGCCGGUGCAGGGUCGGCUGAAGAGUCACUCGCGGGAGAGAGGCGUUGGAGGACUCCGGAAGACAAACAGCCCGGUCCACAGCAUCUUGGCACCAACGCCAGGGCCCACACCUGUCUAUGUCAGAGCAGGUCAUCAAUCAUGGAACCAUCAGCAGAACACCAUCCAGGGUCUCCAGGUCAGCGAGGAAUCUUCAAAGAGCAGCUCGUCGCCGAGCACCACGAGGAAAGAGGAUGCCAACACCGGCCAGGAAGACGUGAAAAGCAGCACAGAAGAACCUGCAGAGGUGGAGGCCAGAGAGAGGUUGGCUUUGAGCACCUUCACCAGGAUGAACACCAACUCCUCCGACGAGUUCUUCCAGGCGACAAAUCACGCGGAACAGACUUUCCGCAAGAUGGAGACCUACCUCCAGCACAAGCAGCUGUGUGACGUCCUGUUGAUAGCCGGGGAUCAUAAGAUACCGGCUCACAGACUGGUCCUGAGCGCCGUGUCGGACUACUUUGCUGCAAUGUUCACCAGCGAUGUGAGAGAGGCGAAGCAGGAGGAGAUAAAGAUGGAGGGAGUUGAUCCCGAGGCCCUCAGAUCCCUGGUUAAUUUCGCCUACACGGGCGUCCUCGAGCUUAAAGAGGAGACCAUUGAGAGUUUAUUGGCAGCAGCCUGCCUCCUCCAGCUUUCACAAGUCAUCCAGGUCUGCUGUAACUUCCUGAUGAAACAGCUUCAUCCCUCCAACUGCCUGGGAAUACGCUCCUUUGCAGACGCCCAGGGCUGCGUGGACCUGCUCAAUGUGGCUCACAACUACACCAUGGAACACUUCCUGGAGGUCAUUCAGAACCAGGAGUUCCUGCUGCUCCCCACGGCUGAGAUCGUUAAGCUGCUCUCCAGCGAUGACAUCAAUGUCCCCGACGAGGAAACGAUCUUCCAGGCUUUGAUGAUGUGGGUGCGGUACGACGUCCAGCAUCGACAACAGGACCUUGGGGUGCUGCUGGCCUUCAUCCGCCUGCCUCUUCUUCCCCCACAGCUCCUUGCAGAUUUGGAAAACAACAAGAUGUUCUCGGAUGACCUGGAAUGCCAAAAGCUGCUGAUGGAGGCCAUGAAGUACCAUCUCCUGCCCGAGAGACGUCCCAUGUUUCAGAGCCCAAGAACCAAACCCAGAAAAUCCACAGUCGGUGCACUUUAUGCUGUCGGAGGGAUGGAUGCUACCAAAGGCUCCACCACUAUAGAGAAAUACGACCUGCGGACCAACACUUGGGUCCAGGUUGGGGUCAUGAAUGGACGCCGACUGCAGUUUGGUGUUGCGGUGAUAGACAACAAGCUGUACGUGGUCGGAGGGAGGGACGGACUCAAGACGUCCAACAUGGUGGAGUGCUACAAUCCACUCAAUAAAGUGUGGUCCACCAUGCCCCCCAUGUCAACACACAGACAUGGACUAGGUAUUGCUGUGCUGGAGGGCCCUAUGUAUGCCGUGGGAGGCCACGACGGCUGGAGCUAUCUCAACACGGUGGAGCGCUGGGACCCGCAGGCCAGGCAGUGGAACUACGUGGCCAGCAUGUCGACACCACGGAGCACCAUGGGAGUGACGGCACUCAACGGAAAGUUGUUCGCGGUCGGCGGUCGAGACGGCAGCUCCUGCCUGAGAUCGAUGGAGUGCUUCGACCCGCACACCAACAAGUGGAGCAUGUGCGCUCCCAUGGCCAAAAGGCGAGGAGGAGUCGGUGUGGCGACGUACAACAACUUCCUGUACGCCGUGGGCGGACACGACGCCCCCGCCUCCAACCACUGUUCCCGACUCUCCGAUUGUGUUGAGAGGUACGAUCCAAAGACGGACACGUGGACCACUGUGUCGUCCCUCAGCGUUCCCCGGGAUGCGGUGGGUGUUUGCCUGCUGGGUGACAGGCUGUACGCCGUGGGUGGAUACGACGGCCAGUCAUAUCUGAACACUGUCGAGUCCUACGAUGCACAGAACAACGAGUGGACCGAGGAGGUCCCUCUCAACAUUGGCAGGGCGGGCGCCUGCGUGGUGGUGGUGAAAUUGCCUUGAGCGUUUUGUCUCGCAGCAGCACGGGAAACAAAUGAGGGAGCGGGCGAGGGAAAGUGGACAAACAAAACAAGAGAUCAAGGACACAUCCUUCGAGAGUUGUGGUUUUUUUUUUGUUUUUUUUUUUCCUUUUUUCUCUCCUCUUUAACUCGGCUCUCCAGACUUUUUCAGAGGGGAGACACAGAUGGAGCGGUGCCCAUAAACCCAUUGUUUCUGUCAUUAGUGACCAUGUCUGCCCACUGAGGGAGACUGCACAUUCUCCGCAUUCUCAACCGAUCAAGAAUUUUCAUAGACUUGGCAAAGCGCCGCAGCGAGAGCCGAGCCUUUGUCAUACUGGUUUGUUACACUAGUGUUUUUUUUUUCUCCGAAUAAAGUUCAGUGUAUGUCUGUAAAUGUAAAAGCAACAUUUUUUUAGAGUCAAAAAAAGCCUGCAGGAUAGUUUACAUCUCAACAGAGACUUUCUUAUCGGUGCCAUUGCAUACAGUAUAUUUUUCGGGUUUAUAUUUAACUUUUUAGCAACUCAAAUGAAAUAAAUGUGACCACGUGCCAGCGUCUUCCCUCGGUGGGUGGUCUUGCACGGACGCUGUAGUGAAGAAGACCACUGUGAACACUAAAGAAGAAGAAGAGUUUGUCCGUGCUGGUUUGAAGAACUUUUUGCUGAAUAUUUUUUUGGACGUUUCUUUUCUUUUCUUUUUUUUUUCGAGCCUGUAGCUACAGAACACCAAAGUCAUUCGCUUGUCUUCGAAGUCUCGUUUCGCAUCAAAUAAAAGUUUACAAAGUUGUGAAUUACAGAAAAAUAUAUCAUAUUGAUAUUUCACACAUUGCUGUACAGAUUCUUGUGAACUGCAUUUCUUGUCAGUGGAAUCAUGCCCAAGCCGAGUUACUGUCAUUGUUUGUUUGUUUUUUGUCUUUACUUCCGGGGCAUGCUAGCUGAGCGAAAUAUUUGAUUUGAUUUAUACAAUAAUAUAUAUCGAGAUCACUGUCUGUUCUGUAUUUUUAGAAAAGGAUAUGAUGCCUUUUGGGUCAUGAUCAGCGCAGAGGAAUCGGUCAGCGAACUGUGGCUGACCCCAAACCAGCUAUCUGAGAGAAACCUCACUGACUUUCGAUUAGGAUUUUUAGAUUUGUAGUCGGUUCCGCUCAUGAAAGUAAAAACGACUUUAUCACAACAAGGACGAUUUGUAACUGUACUUAUAUCAUGUUUCUGGGGCCAAAAUGUUACUUUUUAUGCUUUUAUCAUGAUUUUGUACAGCAUGCAAACCUAUAAAUAAAAUGACUUCAGUCUUCUC